AUGUCGCUGUCUCCGCCGCGGACCGUUCUAGGAUCAGUGUCCUUUUAGGAGCAUUUAAACGGCGAUCCGGUGAGUGGGACAGCCGUCACCAGUUGCAUCCAAGAAUGAAUCCUUGAGAGGUCAUAAGCUUCACGAAACCGUACAAAGAAAGUGAAACAGCUCGGCGUGGGAGGUUUUAGCUGGACUGAAGAGAGGCGGCUCGUGUUCCCCAGUCGUCAGCUCAUCUUUAACCGUAACCAGUGAAGAACAGAGGAGCGAGCUGUAACGCUGCAUGGGCCUCUGAGGAAACCUGAGCUGAUAAUUAAAGCCUCCGGAGCCUCCUCCCUCAGCUGCAAAGCUAAAGUUUCCGUGAAGACAUGGACCCGUCCACUCGGGUGUUGGGUCUGGACGCUCAGGGGAACAUGGUCUUCACUGUGGUCAAACCGGUGAUGGGGAUCUUCCAGGUGUCCUCGGAGCAGACGGGCAGUGUAGCGCAGGGGAACAUGGGGCUGCAGGGUUUAUCCGAAAACACGCUGAUCCUCCCUCAAACACAAAGCCAGACUCCGCUAGACCAGAACCAGAUGGACAUGCACAACAUGCAGCCUCACAUCCAGAUGCCCCAGAUGCAGGUCUCCGCUCCGGUCCAGACUGAGGCCGUCUCCCAGAUUCAGGACUCGCCACCAAACCCGAGCACAAACACGGAGUCUGGUCCACACAUGCCUUUUGCAGAGGUGUCGUCGCUCCUGGAUCCCAACAUGAAAGGAUCCAAAGCUCGGAAGUAUCUCAUCUCGUACGAUGAAAUCAAACGGCGUCUGCAGGCUCCUGAGAAGAUGUCGCUGCGCUCCCUGGCAGCCUACACCCGGGUCAGCAGAGGCCCGGCCAGCAAGAAAACACUACUGGAGUCCCUCAACGUCCUCGGCCUCACACCAAGCACAACUACCUCUGUUUCCUCCUCCCUCUCCAAACUCACUGAAGGUGACACCCAAGCAUUGUGUGACGAUAUGAAGGACUUUGCUCAUGAUUACAUCGACUACAGCAACAUGGCUAAACAGCUCAUCCCCGAGACGAACACCGUUCAACACUGGUCCAAAAUUAUUGAGACUAAGAACCACCUGGAGGACAUGAGAAAAUGUUUCAAGGACCCGGUCAACAGCGGUGCGUUCGAUAACGUCACUCACGGUCUCGGUCUGGGAAUGCUGGACGUCGCUCUGGACAUGAUCGUUAUGGUGAUUGAACAGCAGAUUCGGAUCCUGUCUGGCGCUGCGGCGUCAGACCCGGCUGACUCCGGGCCGCCUAUGCGGCGCAUCCGCAGGCGCCACCGCAAAACCCACUCCACUGACAACGAGAACCCUCACAAGGUGUCUGGAGGCGUCAAAGAGCAAGGGAAGGUCAUUUCGAAAGGCAAAGGGCGAGGACGAGCCAAGAAGAAACUCAGGCAGGAAGCUGAAGCCGCUGGUCCUGCGGAAACCCAGACGGAGCCGUGCAAACCGGACGACGUGGAGAGUAACGUCCUCACGCUGGUUUCUGUCGGAUAUGAGACGGUCUCCGGUGGGCUCAAUGCAGCUGGAACUGUUUGACACCAGGUCCAAAGAUCAAAUCACGGUCCCAUUUAAAGGAGACUCAGCGACGGGACGAAAGCUCCGCACAAGUUGAGCUGGACUGAGCGUGGUGCUGAGCUCAGCGUCAACGUAAUGUUACGCCCAGAAGUCCAACUCAAAGGACUAGUUGGACAGUUUGGGAAAUUUACUUAUUCACUCUGGUGGAGAUUUAGAGGAGAUUAAUAUCACUCUUACAUCUGUACAGUAAAUAUGAAGCUGGAGCCAGCAGGCAGUUAGCUCAGCAUGCAGACCGGAAAUUUGGGUGUUUAAAAUUAGCAAAAUGUGCCAACCAGUAACUCUAACACUCAACGAUUAAACACCUGAGCAUCAAGUCCUUCCAAAGUUGUGUUGGCUGAUUAGCAUCUAUGAAUAUGAUUGAUUACUAAUAUCCCAAAACCCCGCCGCUGCGCCCAUCAAGUCCUUUAAAAAACAUUGAAUAUUUACGGAUAAUUAUCACCGAAGCUUCGAAGCCCCCAAAAUAGUAUUCAG